CUCACACACACACACACACAAAUCCGGAGGUAAAAGUUACUCAACAAUUUCUCUUGCUUCCUGCCGAGAAGAGAGUUUUGACAUCAGCUAGAAGAAUUGCUAUAGCAAGAGUCUCAGGAUAAUAUGUAUAUGGUUCUUCUUCUAUUUGUCUGAAUAUUUGUAGACAAGGCAGAAGAGGUUGCUGUGCCUGUGAAACAUUUAACAGAACAGCUUCCUCUUUUCUGUCGCUUCCUUCCAGUUUGCAAGAUCCUCCUUAAUUUGUGUUGUUAAGUCGAUAGACUUGCUUAAAUCUAACCUUCCAUGCCGUCAGCCAUCAAUGUCCCUAAAGACCAAGAGACGGGGGCUGGGCCGGUUCCCCAUGAUCAUGCUAGCACUGCCACUGAAACAGGUGGAGGUACAGGAGGGAUCAACUCUGCCAUCCUCAGCCGCAACCAGCCUAUCAUUGGAGUAAAGGAAAAGACCUUUCACGAGCUUCAUAGGAAUUGCCUCAAAAAGAAGAUACUUUAUGAGGAUCCAGACUUCCCAGCCAAUGAUACUUCCCUCUUCUUCAGCCAAAAGCUCCCCGUCAAAUUUGAGUGGAAGAGACCACCAGAAAUCUGUGAGAAUCCACGCUUUAUUAUUGGUGGAGCCAACAGGACUGAUAUUUGUCAAGGAGAACUAGGUGAUUGCUGGUUCCUUGCUGCCAUUGCUUGUCUGACCCUGAAUGAAAAAUUACUGUUCCGAGUCAUACCACAUGACCAGACCUUCAUAAAAGAUUAUGCUGGAAUAUUUCACUUCCAGUUUUGGCGUUUUGGAAGCUGGGUGGAAGUUGUCAUUGAUGACCGCUUACCAACAUAUGGCAAACAUCUGGUCUUUACCAAAUCUUCCCAUCAGAAUGAAUUCUGGAGUGCUCUGCUGGAAAAGGCCUAUGCAAAGCUCCAUGGGUCCUAUGAGGCCCUGAAAGGAGGCAACACAACAGAGGCUAUGGAGGAUUUCACAGGAGGAGUGACAGAGUUCUAUGAGAUUAAGGAUGCUCCUAAAGAUAUAUAUAAAAUAAUGAAACACGCUAUUAAAAGAGGAUCUCUAAUGGCUUCCUCCAUUGAGGAUGACACAGGUUUUAUUUAUGGCUCUGCUCCUCAAACUAAUCUUGGAUUAUUAAUUGCCCAAAUGACAAGGAAUAUGAGUUAUGAAUUUCUCGACGAUUCAGCUGAAGGCACAGAGGGCAGGGCAUCUCAGACCAUAGUUCCAAUGCUGUUUGAGAGGCGCAUGGCUAAUGGACUGGUCUCAGGUCAUGCCUAUUCAGUUACAGCAUUGGAGGAGAUAACAUUUAAAAGGGAAAAGCUAAAAUUGGUGAGACUAAGAAAUCCUUGGGGGCAAGUAGAAUGGAAUGGAGCUUGGAGUGACAGUUCAGAUGAAUGGAACAUCAUUGAUCAAGCAGAGAAGACCCGCCUGCAGUAUAAGGUUGCAGAGGAUGGAGAGUUCUGGAUAUCUUUUGAAGAUUUCAUGAGGUACUUCACAAAGCUUGAGAUUUGUAAUCUCACACCUGAUGCUCUAGAAAAAGAUAAACUUCAGACAUGGACCGUUUCAGUCACUGAAGGGCGAUGGGUGAGAGGCUGCACAGCAGGAGGCUGCCGUAACUAUCCAGACACAUUUUGGACCAAUCCUCAAUAUCGCUUAAAACUCCUGGAAGAAGAUGAUGACCCAGAAGACAAUGAAGUUGUGUGUAGUUUCCUGGUUGCAUUGAUGCAGAAAAACAGGAGAAAAGAACGCAAGCUAGGAGCCAAUUUUCUCACAAUUGGUUUUGCCAUCUAUGAGAUGCAAGGUGACAAUAAGCAUUUACAAAAGGAUUUUUUCCUUUACAAUGCCUCCAAAGUAAAGUGUAAGUCUUAUAUAAACUUACGAGAAAUUGCUGAACGCUUCCGGUUGCCUCCAAAUGAGUAUGUCAUCAUACCAUCCACAUUUGAACCUCACCAAGAGGGAGAAUUUAUCCUAAGAGUCUUCUCAGAAAAAAGAAGUCUUUCAGAGGAAGUUGAAAACAAGAUUCAAGCAGGACACAUUUCUCCAAUUAUCUUUGUCUCAGACAGAGCAAACAAAAACAAGGAUCAGAAAGGUGGUGAAGGGCCUAAUGCCAACAAGGGAAAAACAGAUAAGAAAAAUAAAAGGGAUGAGCCCUCACACAGAGAUAAGGAAAGUGAGGAGGAAGAACAGUUCAGAAAUAUUUUCAGACAGCUUGCUGGAGAUGACAUGGAGAUCAAUGCUGAUGAACUCAGAAAUGUCCUCAACAAUGUUCUGAAAAAACACAAGAAACUGAAGGCAGAAGGAUUUGCACUGGAGUCCUGCCGUAGCAUGAUUGCCUUAAUGGAUACAGAUGGUUCUGGAAAAAUAAACCUUGAUGAGUUUCGACACCUUUGGGAGAAGAUUAAAAGUUGGCAGAAAAUCUUCAAACGUUAUGACACUGAUAGUUCAGGAACCAUUAACAGCUAUGAGAUGCGCAAUGCCGUUAACGAUGGAGGAUUUCAGCUGAAUAACCAACUGUACGACAUCAUUACCAUGCGCUAUGCUGACAAGAACAUGAACAUUGAGUUUGACAGCUUUAUCUGCUGUUUUGUAAGAUUAGAGGGAAUGUUCCGUGCAUUUCAUGCCUUUGAUAAAGAUGGAGAUGGUAUUAUUAAACUGAAUGUCUUAGAGUGGCUACAGCUCACCAUGUAUGCCUAAACUUAAGCUGCCUUUCUAUCCCUAUCUCAAAAUUGCACCGAUUUUUGACUGAAAAACCAUCCAACAUUCUCUUGCAAAAUAAAGAAGCUCUUGAUGUCACUCCUUUGUCAGCUAAUGGGAAAGAGUGCAGUUUGACAGCAAUGUACACACACACAGAGGCAUCUAUCUCCCCUUACUAGAUGAUUGCUGUUAAUCUGAAAUCUGUCCUUUUUCAUUUAUCGGUAACUGAGACACGGUAGCACUGUUUCAGAUAACAAAGAUACCUGCUAUCAUUGUGAUGCGAAAUACUUGUUCUAGUGCACAAGGGUGAUUCCUCACACCUGCCUUGCAAGCCCUAAUUUGAAGAAUGUAGCUCUUGCAGUGAGAGAUCUGAACGGGCAGGAAGGUUGAACAAGAAGUUAUCAUUGGACAGAUCGUCAAAGAUCCUUUAAAUUAAUUAUCUGGUUUUAAAAUGAAUUCAGCAUACUUGAAAAUAUCAUGCCCCAUACAUGUACUGAGCUAUUUGAAACAUAAUAUAGAAUUUGCUUUAUACUCUCAGCCAUAUCUAAGCCUUGAGGAAUAUUCAUGUGGCCAAACCUCCUCACUAUCAUGGGAUCAUUCAGCAACAGCAGGACAUAUGAGUAUGUACAGUAAAAUUGCUUACAGCUCUGCCCAUUAUGACAGAGCCAGGAGCUAUUGGUGAGUUGGUUGUAAGGGGGCCCCAGAAAAAGUAUUUUGCUAGUCCUAAAGAGGCAUUUUCAGGCUCAGGUUUAAAUGCAAAAGCUGAAUAUCACUGCCCUAAUUUAGUAAGUGUCACCCUAUCUGUGAUUUAAUAGGGUCUUUGUUCUUUAAGUAAAGCCCCUAUAGAAAGCUGCAUCUUGGAUAUAAACAAUUUUGGGCUGCUUUGCAUGCAACCUUUUUCCUACACAGAAGUCGCUUAUGUGGUAGAGAAGGUAUAUAAGGAGCUUGUGCUGCUAACAUGCAUUUGGAAGCUGCACUAUCCAUGUUAGGAAGACAUCAUGCAAUAGCCAUAUUGUUAUACAAACCAUAAUGAAAGCACCUUAAUAAAUGAAAGCAUGUUUCUCCAGAUGUGCCAUAUUGAGAGGAAACUCUUCUGAAAAGGGGUACUGUUUGCUAAUGUCUAGUAGCUUUAAUUUAAAAAAAGGGUUAGGCAUUUUUAUGCGAUUGUUUCAUGCGUCAAACAUCCACAAUAAAAAUAUUUGUGUUUA